UGAAACGGUCUAGUACCGACUAUCGAUGUUUGGACUAAUGAAUAUGAAUAAAAGCCAAGUGUUAUAAGUAUGAGGGGGAAGUUUUACAAGUUGUCCAUUCAGUGACACUAUCAUGUUACCAGCCGCUAAAUGUUUUUGUCUCCUAUGUAGUGUUUUGAUUAACCUUGAGUUUAGUGAAGCUACCGAGACGAAAAGUUCUCUCUUCAAACUGUGGUAUGGUUACAUACUUGAUAUACCCACAGGGAGCACCACGGAAGUAGGUGGUAUGACAGUAUCCAUGUGUGUCUUUCACUGUCUCGGCGACAGCCACUGCAGAGCACAAGCAGGAAACUUCUUGUCUGUGUACGACGCGUGGACCAACGAUGACCUCAAGCAUGGUUUUCCCUGGAAGUCUGACGUACCUAUAGGAUGUACCCAGUUCAAGACUGAUCUGCCGUGUGAGCAGACCUUCAGGAGCGCCAUUUUGAGCGAAUGGGAGGACAGGAAUAUCUCAGAGGUAAAAGUUGUGCUGUACAAGGACGGAGUGCAGCAGCACUACAUCAUAUUCAACGGCUCCUCCACCAACAUGACCGGCUGGUUUUCUCCACACGGGAUCCUCAGCACUACCUGGAAUAACCCCCAGGAUGCGGAUUUCUUCUCUCUGGAAGGCACUGAGAUCUAUCUAGGCUACAUACGUCGGUUCCAGAUGUACGGUCCUCACGACGGCUGUCCCACUGACUAUGGCUGGAUGGUGGUGGUGGACGCUCCAAUGGAUGAUUGUUCCCAAUAUCUUUCCGUGACCCCGACCUGGCCACGGUUUAUGUAUUCUGUAGAUGCAGGCCCUGUCACGUGGUCGGUGGCGGGCAGUGCAGUGGGCUACGCAGACAUUCUUGCUGUGUUUGUGAAAUUUUCGUGAACUCAUCAUCAAAGAGUGCCAGGUCUAAAACAGACAUUGGAGGUCCAUUUAUUCUCCUUACACUUAUUUGUUCGGAUGUUUAAAAAAAACAACAACUAUAUUUGAAUUUCUCUUCAACUAGCAGAACUCUAAAAUGCUGCCAACUGCUCACAUCAAUGCAGACAUUUUAGCGGUAGGCAGAAUAGACGAAAAUAUUAUCAUUAUAAUCUUGUCUUCACUGCUUCCACCCUAGCCCUGAAAUUCAAGUGAAUCAAACAUACUGGAAAAUGAAAAACUGAGUAAGUUAAUAUUCUAUUGAGAGGAAAAUAAUGUGAGAAAAUAACAGUUUACGAAUUAAUACAUUAGGAGGUAUUCUCAAAAGACUAUUGCCAAAGCCGUGUUAAAUAUCGCAACAGAAUACUUUUUACCUCAGGAAAUGGACAAUAAUAGGUAUUGGCCAAAUGUCACAAAUUACUUAAGAAACGCCAGUCGCGUAGAAAAAGGCAGAUACUACGGUCUCAAUGUCCCAUGGAGCUUUAUCUUUCAUAGAAGAUGUUCUGCGUCAGUUUUGUGUCAUAUGCACGUUGUCAUUAAAUUGAGUGGUCACAAAGGUGA